AAUUAUAUAGAGCAAUCCAAAUCAAUGGUUCGUCUUUUCGCAGCUUAUCAAAGUAUCACGGCUGUGGAAGACCGUUGUACCGUUAGUGGUCAAAGAGAUCUAUUGAUAUUUGUGGUUUUUUUAAUUACAUUAGGCAUUGUCCUACUUUUUCUAAUUGUUUCCGCUCUGCAUGAGCUAUACAUAGUAUCACAUCGUGCUUUAUGAGCAUAACACCCAGCGGGUCUGCAUUUCUACCCACCGUGUUUCGAUUCGAAUGUUUUAUACACUGUCACUGUAAUAAAGCAUAGCUCUAUGCAAUUCAGAGACAAAAACAAUUUCUAUAGAAAUUUUCAUACAUAAUAAUAUCAUAUUGUUUCGCUUGUAUUGUGGGAAAGUUUUGAUGUAUUAUUUUGAUUCCAGAAAUUGCAAUAAUACCAUAAUGAUUAUUGGAGAGCGUACAAUUCUCGAGAACUAAAGUCUCUAGUUGUGGCAGCUUCUUUAAUAUUUCUUCCAAGCGAUUCCAAGUAAGUGCGUUAUCAUUGACUAAACGUAGAUUUUUCAGUUUUGGGAAAGAAGGAAGAAAAUCAGACAGAUAGUGAGAUGAAAUAGUUCCGUUGUGGAUAAACACCAACGAGAUUAGACUUUUAUUCUGGCGAGUUGGUUUAACCCACAUAUUGAACUUGUCAUCAAAGUGAACUUGUAAGUAUGCAUGUUUAAUCCUGCAUGUAUCAAAAAAGUCCCAGCGCACGUUUACAUUUGAAAUGUUCAGUAUCAACACACGCAACUCAUCAGUAAGUAGAAUUUUACUCAAUGAAUAGAUAUUAUCUUGUGAUUGUGUCUGAUCAUCUAUAGUUAAAUUUAAAAUUUGCAGUUUGCUAAGAGUACAUCUGAAGGUGGAGUGGUGAUACAAACUGAACAAGAUCAACUUCAAACUAACGAGACUUCCAUGCAGAGAAUCAUCUAGAGCGAAGCGCAACUCAUGUUCAAACUGUUGAAUAUCUACAAGAGUUUUCAUCUCAUGAUGAUUUGCACUGAAAUUAAUAUAAGAAAAAUUUUGAUACUGCUGUAGUUGAUGGGUAUAUCAUAUUUUUUGCAUUCAAUUAUUUCAUAUUGUCGACUUUCAAGAAAUUGUGAGAAUACAUCACCAGUCAUCGAGACAAAAUGAAUCAGUUGUUCAUCCAUACAUUUCAGGUUGGGAAAGAUUUUUAAAGACACGUUAUUUCGGAUAAGUAGGUUGACAAACUGUUCAGUAGAUUUGAUAAAUUUAGCAUUGUAAACAGCAUAACAAGAAUGGCACUGGACUUUUCUUGAAAUGUAACCAUUCGUUGGCUCACCACAAUGAAGAAAGUAAGUUGAACGACACUUUUGCAAUAUUGCAUUUAAAUAAGUUGGGCACACAACAGCAAGAGAAAAUAAAGAAGUUAAAUCAUUGUUAAAGAAAACAAUACUAGAAAAAGAUUCAUACGACAAUUUAUUUAGAUACAUAGCUAGGCAGAAUAUAAGGUUGGAGAAACUUAAGGAUUUGUAGCAUUCACAGAAUUGAUGAAACUCUUUUUUAUAGAAUCAUCUGCUUCAGCAUAGUAUGUACUUUCCUCACUAGACGAAGACUUGCGCGCAUCUUCUGAUUCCGGCAUUUUUUUUCUAUUAGAAGCUCUUGGUAUGAAUAAUGUUUCCACAACAGGUUUUUCACUUACAAAGAAGUUUGUAUUCAACUUGAUUGGCAGUUUACUACUCGCUUUUACAUCGUCAGUUUGAUAAAGACCAGGAUCUGUUUCUACGGUAGGUAGAGCACGAAAAUCAGUAUGUUCUUCCGACAGAAUUAUAUUUUCAUAUAUUGACCCUUUGGGUAGAUAUGUGUAGAUAGUAGUAGCAUUGUACAAACCAUAACCAGAGUUGCGAUCUGAUUGACUAUCUGUUAAACUGAUGGAAGGUUCUAAGCGUAAGUGUGUAUCAUCGUGAGCGGUAAAUCGUGAAUAUAAAGUUUUUGGUACAAAAGAGUGUGGAUGUUUUUUUACUAGCACAUUUUCAUAAACAGUUUGAGGUGCAAGUUGAAAGUAAUCCAUUACGUCUUCUACGUUGAAUAUAAACAAGUUAAAGUAAUAUUCUAUCUCUACUAUAAUAUUAGUACUUGAAAUCCAUGGGUGACUAUGAAAAUGAAUUGAUUUUAUUUGCAGAGAAUGAUUACGAAAUGAUGGAAGAGCCAGAGCAAAAUGGCUGUGUUGGAACAGAUACAAACAAAAGAACAGUUGUUGAUGGAGGAUCAGAGGAAUAUGAAAGUGAAGAAGAUGAUGGUAUUACAAUAAUUGGCUCACUCUCAUUUGGAAAAAGUGAUGCAGCUCGUCUGGAAGACACUAAAGAAAUUACGAAGCUAGUUGAGCAGUCAUUGAAUACAAAUUUGAUGGGGCCAACGAUAUCAUUUAUUGUUGACGAGAAAUAUAUUAUUUGCCAAAACACUGUAAAAAUAUCGACAAGUUUACGUGAUAAAAUAUGGAAAAAAGCUAUUGAACACCCGAUGCAUGCGCAAGCAAUUCUACCACAAAAUGUUGAGUUCAUCGAAAAAAAUUUACAAGAUUUUGUGACACGAAACUACAAAGCUAAAAUAAUACAUGCAAAUGAGAUUGUUGGUUUUCUGGGAACUCAUUACAUAAAAAUGGGAAAUUACAAUUUUCGAAGACUAUUAAAUUCAACGAAUUCACAGUUAAAUUCACAGCUGAAUCGUGCACCAGUUAUUAAUCAUGAACAAAUUGUGAACACUAAAACUGGAUGUGAACCGAAAAAGUUUUUCAAUGACUUUUGUUUGAUUGUAUUCAAUCGACUGACUGCAAAAAUAAUUGAUUAUUCUAUACAUGGCUCUAUUGGUAACAUUAACACACUAAUCACAAAAUAUAGCUUAACCAAAAUCUUUCAUAAUGAUGAUGUAGGCAAACAGCUGUACAAUUUUCUGACAGCUCCAUGUUCACCAUUUUAUCCAAACAUGAACAAUCGUUUGAUAUCAGUACGAGCACACCCAGAGCAAUCACUUGUGAAUGCUUUCUGUCCAAUUGCCUGUGCUUAUUGUGCUUACUGUAAAACAUUGCAAACAAUGUUCGGUUUCUUUGCACAGAAAGGAUAUCAUCACCUUACUACACGUGAGAGGAUGAGAGCUGGUUUGAACUUAACCGUUGUUGAUUGGUUUGAGCAAACACCGUUGGUGAAAAAAGACCGAAUAAGAAAAACCGUCACAAGAAACUUGAGGAAACAAUCCAACAAACACACCUGUAUCCAAAAGAAAAAAUAAAUCUUUUUUAAUAAACUUGCUUGAAUGUUCGUCAGGAAAUGUAUCAAACUUUAAAAGCUUCGAUUUUUUAGCAACCGGUUCAGCAUCACUUUCCUGCUGUUGCUUUGCUGAUACAAGCGUAUUCAUAUGUGCUGGGCUUCUUUUUUUCUGUUUGCUAUUAAGUUUUUUAUUGCUGGUUUUUUGAGUAUAAGCGUUCAGAACCUUGUAAAAACUCGAGUAUAUUGAAAAAGUGAUCUCAAUUUUAUCAUCAGAAAGUUGAGAAAACGUUUCACCAUAUAGAUCUUUUAGAUGUGUUUGUAGAAUCUGGCGAAGUGAUUCAAUAAAAUUUGUAGCAAGUAAAUCUUCAUUGAAUGAAUGCUCAUCUUCAAUCAUAGAUUUUAUGUAUCCAACAGUAGCAAUACUAGAAAUUGUUGAAGCACUUGGAGUGUUGAUGAACAUAUCGUAUAGAUCGGUGUUAAUCUUGUUCAAUAUAUCAUGAUAUGUAUUCAUUUUCUUAACGAUGGGAGAAGUAGAGUGUGAAGAGGCAAAUUCAAGUUUAUCAUCGGCAUGCAAAUUGUAUUCGUUCACAAUCUCAAUAAUUUUCUCUUUAUCAAAGAUUUUCUUUUCAUCCAUACCUUCUGGUUUACCGGAUGCAACAGCUUUAGUCAAGAAAACGAUUCUUGCUUCUGCUUCGGCUAGAUCACGAGUCAAUCUCAACACUUCGGCGUUUGAUGAAGUUGGAAUUGUGGUAUUUUUUUGAUGAAUUUUUUUGCAUCUUUUACAAGCAACAAGUUGCUUUUUCAUUUUAUCUAUCUUUUUAAGUAGCGAGCUUUUGAACU